GUACACCGGAACUUGAUUUUAAAAAGGCCGCCAUAUUUAUACAAGGUGCAAGGCAACGUGAGAAACUCAAUCAACUACAAAAAUGUCCACAGCAUCAAUUGAUGAUGUUACCAAACAGCUUGCCAAGACGUCUGUGGCCCCAAUACACGAAGUGAGUUUCAAAGGAAGAGGUCUGAAAUUAAACAAAGCUGAAGAUGCCAAAGAGAUUGUGGAGGCAAUUGAGAAGAGUGAACAGAUGACAUCUCUACAGAUGAUGGGUAACACAAUGGGAGUUGAAGCUGCUGAAGUCAUAUCCAAAGCACUUGCCAAACAUCCAGAGUUUGAGAGAGCCCGCUGGAGUGAUAUGUUUACAGGGAGAUUAAAGUCUGAAAUUCCCAAAGCACUGAAACAUCUGGGUGAAGGCAUAAUAGGAGCUGGAGCCCAGUUGGUGGAGCUGGACCUGAGUGACAAUGCCUUUGGCCCCAAUGGUGUGCAGGGCUUGGUGGACCUCAUAAAGAGCAGCAGCUGUUACACACUACAGGAACUCCGUCUCAACAACAAUGGCCUUGGCAUCACAGGAGGGAAGAUGCUGGCGUCCAGCCUUCUUGAUUGUCACAAGAGCAGCUGUGCAGCUGGCAGGCCACUUGCUCUGCGAGUCUUCAUAUCUGGUCGAAACCGGCUCGAGAAUGAGGGAGCUACAAAACUUGCAGAGGUUUUCAAGGCUAUUGGCACACUGGAAGAACUGGCCAUGCCCCAGAAUGGAAUCACCCACCCUGGUAUAUCAGCUCUUGCCGAUGCAGUAGCGGUCAACAAACGUCUCAGAGUACUCAAUCUUAACGAUAAUACGUUUACAGAAAGAGGUGCCAAAGCCAUAGCAAAGGCCCUACCUAAACUCGACAAUUUAGAAGUAAUUAACUUUGGUGACUGUUUACUACGAAAUGAAGGUGCAAAAGCCAUUGGCAAGGUUUUAAAUGAAGGUCAUAGAAAACUAAAGGAGUUGAUAUUGUCCGGCAACGAGAUUGGCAGUACAGGGGCAAGCAGUGUUGCAGAGAGUCUUGAAGACAAGAAGCAUUUAGUGAAGUUAGACCUCAAUGCCAACAUGCUCGGGGAGGAUGGCAUUGAACUGGUGCAAGGAGCAAAGCAAGUUGUAGGCAAAGAGAAUGUGCUUGCGUCUUUCAGUGAUGAUGAAGGAUGUGAUGAGGAGGAGGAUGAAGAUGAGGAAGAGGAGGAAGAAGAAGCUGAGGAUGAUGAGGAAGGGGAACUAAAUGAGGAUCCUGGACUACAGGUCAAAGGUCAAGCAGUCACACCCGUCAAACAGGUAUCUGCUGCUGAGUUCCUGGCAUUUCCAUCACCGACAAAAUUAUUAGGCAUGGGUCAGGCAAGAGCUGCAAUAAUGAAGCAACAGCUUGGGUAUGAAAUCGAAGACGUUGAGAGGGUUGUGGAGACAGUGAUGCGGGUUGCUGCUGUGGUUCGACAGGACGAUGACAAGACAAAAGAUGCUGCAGUGGAGUGUGCUGAUGCUCUUCUUGAGGGAGUGAUGAAGCGGGCAUAUGCUGCCUCCCAGGUUGCCAAUGCCAUACUGGUGCAGCUUGGACUCAUCAAGGGAGAAGACAAGAAGUUUAAGCCGAUGACAGACAUCUCUGGAGCUCUCAUUGUCCUGGAUCAUGUUGUCCAGCAGUCCUACUUCCCUAAGCAAGCCCGUGAAAUCCUGCAGGUGUUCAUCAGCAAACCUGGCCGACAGUUCGAGAAGUGUUCCCAAGCCCAGCACAAGCUGCUUCAGACUCUCUACGCAUUCUGAACUUGACCCGUCAUUGUUGUUAAACUCAUCAUUCAGGGUUCCCACAGGCAUGGCAGGCCAAAAUUCCCUGACUUUUCCCUGACAAGUAUACAUUUUUCCCUGACCAUUUAAGUGUAAUAACUGGCCUCCUUCCUCCCUUUCAGUCAGUCCUAACCACCGUGUUAAGAUAUUUCCUUCACACAUAUCAUAAAUACACACAGUAUUUGUUAAUUUAUUACAUUAACCAAAACAU